AUGAGCGAUAUAAAGGAAAAUGAUCAGCUGCCGAGGAUAAAACACGAGGCAAAGGUCAUCAGACCCCUUGGAUACCUGGAACUAUUCGAGGCAGCCAUGCUCUCACUAGACCUUUACAGGAGCUCUAUGCUCACAUGCAGGUUUACGGUGCCUGCAACCCUCCUCCUAGCAGAGUCGCAGGUGAAAUUACAGCAAACGGUUGAAUCGGCUAUCUCCCAGAUCUUGCUAAAACACCCUCUUCUACGCGUUGGUCUGCGUGGUGAACACAGUCGCAAGCCCGUUUUCGUCGAGCUAGAUGAGGUCGACUUUUCCCGUCACAUCGAAUGGCGCCACCUCGACGGCAGCAAGGAUUAUGACACCGAACUCGAAGCCAUUAUCAAGAGCCGUCUCAAUAUCAAGGUGGAACAGCCCGAGACAGCACCAGCAUGGCGUAUUCUUAUGUUAAGCAUCGAGGGCAGGGAAUUCAUCGAUAUCAUGUGGGAAUGGGGUCAUUCUCACACCGACGGUAUUAGCGCAAAGAUAUUUCAUGAAGAUAUGCUGCGGCAUCUAAAUGACCUUAAUAACAAUUCAGCUCCCGAGGGAUUUAACCCGGAAACUCGUAUUCUCACGAUACCCCUUGCCCGGAGGAGAGAUCUGCUGCCACCACUUCACUCAUUAUGCGACUUCCCCGUCGGGAUAAGCUUCACGCUGGCUACGUUGUGGAAUGAAUUCAAGCCGUCAGUCCUGCAAGCCAAAUCCGAAGCGAACUUGUGCGCAACUUGGGCGCCCAUCCGUCCUGGGCAUUACGCGUCGGAGUACCGACACUUUAGCAUAUCUUCCAUCGCUCUCCAAAAUAUCAUAGCAGCAUGUCGGGUUCAUGGUACUACUCUGACGGGCCUACUACAGGCGCUCGCGCAUGCCAGUCUCGCAUGCAGAUUAUCGGACGAGCAAGCGCGCGCAUUCCGAGGGUCUACAAUCGUAAAUUGGCGCCCGCUAAUGAAGCGAGCAUUGAAUAAGAAGGCAAAGGCUAAUGUAAGAGAUGCAGAUCUCGUGCGAACUAUGGGGAAUUUCAUGACGACGGUAGAUCAUGUGUUUGAUGAAGAAUGGGUUAUAAAGAUCAGGGCGGCAAGUGUUAUUACUGAUUCUUCUCAACGAGGGCUUAAACAUUUGGAUGGUAAGAGAGGCGAGACUGAAGAAAAUUUCAAGGAUCAAGAAGUGGUCGAGCGGCGUAUGCUCGCCCUCCAAUCCUUAAUAUGGCCCGUCGCGAAAACGGUGCGUGUCGACUUAGUAAAGAGACUGGACGAGGGAACCAAGAACGACCAGAUGGGUCUAAUGAAGUUCAUCCCUGACUUUCGCGCGUUGCUGAAGGAACGGUUAGAAAAGCCCAGAUCCCACUCAGUUGCCGUAUCUAAUAUAGGAGUUAUCGAUGGUAAAACCCCUUCGUCGUUAAGCAACGUCGAAAAUCCUGUAGAAGGAGCCUCAGAUGCUUUUACCGGGGCAAGUACCAAAUGGUCCAUCGAUCGGUCGAUAUUCUCCAUCGGCUCCGAAGUUCAUGGCGCAGCGUUCGGGGUUUGCCUUGUCGCAGCGAAAGAUGGAGAGCUAUAUGUGUCUUGCGACUGGCAGGAGAGUGUCGUAUCCACGGAGUUGGGUGAAGGGCUAACGGUGGAUUUGAAGUCGUGGCUAAAGUUCUUCGGGCGGGAUCAGGCGCAAUGA